AUGGCGGAACAGACGGAGAAAGCGUUUCUCAAGCAGCCAAAGGUGUUCCUCUGCUCGAAGAAGUCAGGGAAGGGCAAAGCGCCGGGGAAGGGCGGCAACCGCUACUGGAAGAGCAUUGGGUUGGGGUUCAAAACCCCACGCGAGGCGAUUGAAGGUACUUACAUUGAUAAGAAAUGCCCAUUUACUGGCAGUGUAUCCAUCAGAGGUCGUAUUCUUGCUGGCACCUGCCACAGUGCUAAGAUGAUGAGGACUAUCAUUGUUAGGAGGAACUACCUCCAUUGGGUGAAGAAGUACCAAAGGUAUGAAAAGAGACACUCAAACAUUGCAGCUCACAUAUCCCCUUGCUUCCGUGUGAAAGAGGGCGACCAUGUCAUCAUCGGCCAGCCAUUGUCAAAAACUGUGAGGUUCAAUGUCCUUAAAGUGAUACCAGCCGGUUCCUCUGGUCGAGGAAAGAAGGCCUUUACAGGGAUGUGA